AUGAACGCUACAGUUCUCCUUUUGUUGGUUUUGGGGUUUUACGGUUCAGUGUGUAGCGACCAGGCCCCGGAAGAUGUCAAAGGAAGAGAUCUGGAAGAGGAAGAAGAAGAGAAUGUAGACUCGACUUUUUCUUCCUUUGCCGAAAACCUCAGGGGCACAUUCACUCUAGAUAGAGCCAAUGAUGGCUCCGCACUCCCAGGGAGUGAAGGAGAAUCGCAGCCCUUGAUACACACGGGCCUUGUCUAUGGAGAAUUUUGCCAUGAAACAUCAACCAGUACACCAGAGACUAGUGGUCAGGCGGCUUCAGAGAGUUCCACACCUGAAGGACCCGAGUCUGGUACCGAGAAUAAGGGAAGAAGAGAUAACACCGAAUCCCCCAGUGGCGCUCUGCUAAUUGGAACUGCACUUUCAUACGCUGGAAGUUUGCUCUCUUCCGGCAUCUGGGAAGCUGGCAGAAUAGCCGGGAGUGCAGGCUUGUAUACCGUGAAUUACGUCUAUGAAAAUGCUCCAGCUGUUGGAACUUCCAUUGCGAAUGCAACAAGUUCCACUAUGCAAUAUGUUUACGACUCCGUUCCAGCAGUCAAGGAUACGAUUGCAGACGCCACAAGCGCUACCAUAAACUACGUAUGGGAUGCAACUCCAGCAGUCACUAGUGCUGUUCUCGAUGGAGCGUGUUAUGCUUUAGAAGGUGCUACUUCGUUGGUCUCCGACGGUUUGGGGGCGGUUAGCGAUUCUUUGGGGAUAGUAAGAUUAGUAGUACCCAUUUAA